UUUUUUUUUUCCUAACCUAACUAAAAACUAAGUGUAUUUUGUUUGGGAGGGGUCUGGGUUAGGGAAGACUCUAAGUGCGUCCCAGGCCGAAGCCCUUACGCCUAAUCAUGCUGGGUUUAAGCCAUGCAGAAAGGGAGGCAUGCAUCGUGUGCUUUGUUCGGGGAUUGGCCAACCAUGGCAGCAAUUGGCGCCAUGGCUAACUCCCCUAUCUUAAUUCUAGACUAAUUACUAGAUAAGUUGGGCCCAGGUAAAACCUGCAUAGACACAGGGAAAACCCUGGGCACUUUCAUGCGGGAUGCAAAAUAUCAUGCAUUAUUAGCAGGCAGGUUGAGUACAGGAAAAGGAGGAUGGUCCUGGAAGAAGAGUUGGGCAGAUAGAAAAAUUCUACUAAGCAAUUUGGGAGCUUGGACCUUUUGUCCGCAUUUGUUUUGGUGGGCACUGGUCUUUAGGGGCAACAUGAUGUUGUUCCCACCAAGCUGCCAGUCAGCUCGCGUACCUAAAAUAAAAAAGAAGAGUGAUAUGUUGUGUACGCACGAUGUUGUUCAUUGCAUUAAUUAACCGCGAGUAUUGGCACUGGGUCGUACUCCGGAACAGACAUAGCUUCAGGUCGCCUGUCGUUACCAUUGAAGUACCAAAAUUACUUUUUAAGGGGUGGAAAAGUAUAAUUGGCGUGGUUUUUAGUAAUCUUGUUUGGACAGUGACAUUCCUCUUGUUCUGAAAUAAGUAGAAUGCAAAAUUUCAUCAAGCUCGGAAUAAAACUUUAUAUUUGUAUAAAAAAAUACAAACAUAAUCUCUUCUUUAAAUGAAUGUAUAAUACACACAUAUUCACAUACGUAUACCCAAUCAAUCAUUUCGAAAGUUACUAAAAUUUAUUCCAGAAUAUUUUUGCUAUUACAGAGAUUUAUUUGGCACACCGAUACGCUUGAUAUGUCGCCCGGUGUUCAUGUAAGAGCAUAUAAAAUAGGUUAACCCCGUCACACACAACCAAACAUUGCACGAACUUUUCCAGCCAUAAUAAAUACAACAGCAUAAAACUGGGAAAAAGCGUCGUACAUUCAAAACUGUCAAAAUACCCUUAUCUGAAAUGCGCUAACGCGGUAGGAUCAGGCGCUGCCGCUAGAAUGAGCUGCGGUACGUGUCUCCUGUUUUUUUUUCCCCGACGACUUUCCUAAAUUGCUCUACUACAAUAUUUUAUUUUACCGUCUCGAAAACAUUUGUGAAGAUUUCGUAUUUUAGGUACUUCCGGCCAUAGAUUAAAUGAUAUAUAUUUUUUGUAUGUGAUGUAAUGUUUUUGUUUUAUUACAUUUCAUCACGGGUUUUGUUGUUAUACAUACGUUGAUAAAGGUUUAAAACAUUUAAAGGACGUUAUCAACUAUAUCGCGGUUUUCGCUCGGUUUCGACGGCGUCGGGUUGGCCACCGUGGAAACACUCGGUUGCGCAACGAUUUCCGGCCGCCAUGUUGUACAGUUGCACCAGAUAAUUUUUUUGUUGUGUUUGUUGUUGUUCGGCGUGAACAUUAAAUUGUCGUACGUGGCGGGGCGCCGAGGUCGUACCUUAGUUCACGUAUGAAUCCCGACAAAAGCCAGCUGGUCGGCGCCUCGGCGGAGAUGAAGGCGGGCAUGGCGGCGCCUCCCGCUGCUGCGAUCCCGGGCCAGAAGCGGAAGAGCGUGAAGCGGGCGCAGCGCUACCGCAAGGAGUGGCAGCGCAACCCCCUGUUCAAGGACUGGCUGCGGCCGCACCCGGAGAACGUGUACAAGGCGUACUGCCGCGUCUGCGACAAGUACCUCGUGUCCGAGGUCACCGUCAUCAAGUACCACAGCCAGGGCAAGCGCCACCUCUCCAAGAUAGACGCCCUCAUCAGCUCCGGGGCGCCAGGCGUCGACCCGGCCGCCUACCGCCGCGGGAUGAUGAAGGCUGAAGAGGAGAACGUUCACCAGCUGUGCGACCCCGACGACCCGGAGAACCUGCUGCUGAUGGACCCCGCCAACGUGUCGAACGAGGGCGCCUGGCCCACGGAGCUGCACAACUACAUAAAGCCGGCGUCCAAGGAGGGCAGGGCGGACGCCGGCCGCAGGGGCGACGACGGGAUGCACUUCCUCUCGUCCAAGUCCCCGGUGAAGUGCGCGCACAGGGACGACCACACGGUGUACGGGGAGAACGUCGCCAACAGGAUAAGGAAGCUGAACGACGAGUACCUGAUCUCCAUUGCCCGGCACAAGAUCGACCAGGCGCUGUUCUCGGUGGAGAUGCUCAAGUACAAGGACCAGUCGGUGUCGGUGGUCUCGAGCGACCAGGCGGGGCCCGAGGCGGACCACAUGGUGUCGAGCGGUGGCGUGGUCAACAACAACAUGGAGAUGAGGAGCGACGCGACGGUGAUCUACACCAUAUCUCCCAGCAGUUAAAAGGUCUUUGGUGCGGCUCUUGUUGACAAUUUCUGUACCACAGGGGUGGCCAACGGCUGACGCACGGGCGACUCUUCGCCUGACGAGGUUUGGGCAGCGACCCUCUACAAUUCAGUCGACAAACACAACAGUCGUUCAGGAAUGAACGUAUGAAUUUGAUGAUGAUGUGUGCAAGCCUUAACGAAAAGGUAAAAAUCAUGGAAAGAUGUGUCCGGCUAGUUUGUUUAUUAGCUGUCGUGUACUAUAAGGCUGGCCACCUUUACCGUGUUAUUUUAUUUAAUGAGGAAUUUUGCUGUGCUCUCAAAUGACAGAGCCAGUGGUCUCUUGUGCAGAACAUUGACAGUUUUAUACGUGACUGGCCUACAUCAUGUUUGUGUAGGUUCCAAAAACUGGUGUUCUUUAUAUUAAUAUCACCACCAGUGGCAGGUUGAACAAUUUUUUUGAACUUUUGCCAAUAGUAUUUAGAUUUUAUUGUGUUUUAAAGUACCCUCCAAUCCCUCUGUGUUUAUUAAUUCCAUGGCUUCUCAUUUUCCUUUUCCUUUCACUAAGCUCCAAUUUAUGUUCUCUUGGAGAACAUUAGUAGACUGGUUAAACUUGCCUAAUUAGGUGCCCACGUCAUUUGAUAUGCUUCGUGACACUUCAGUGCAUAAAAAAAAUGAUUUAUUGUGUUGUUUUAAUGAUGCCAUAUGAAUUACUAAUCAGAUAAAGAACUAAGCAUUUUAUAUACUUUUGCAUGAUUUUGUGUGUAGUUGUUUUUAAUUAAGAUUUAUCAAUGUGUCUGAUUUCUGUUUAUUUAAAUGGAUUUCAGAAUCUCAAAAGAUUUUUUUAUAUAUUUUUAUGUUUGUAUAAAAGAAAAUUUAUUGUAGUAUUUAGUAAUAAUUGGUAGCAACAUUACCAAUAAUGUUGAUUUUUUUUUUUUAGUGAAAGUGUACCUAAAGAUGUUAUCAUUUUUAUUUGUAAAUAAACAUUUAGUAUGUGUGUCUGUGUGUAUGCAAGCAUUUAUUGUUUGUCAAUUAAUCACCAAUAAAUUUGUUUUAUAAAA